CUUGUUUGACAUUAUUUUGACGUUUAGAGAUAAACAGGAGCGGCGCGGUGGAGAUUUUCUAGUCUUAUUGUAUUUUGUUGAAUAAAACUCUAUUAAUAAGAAAAGAACUGGAGUUAUUCUACAAAACUAUAUUUGUUUAACAAAAUGGGUCUGUUAUCAGACCCUGAAUAUGGUUCUGUGAAGUGGGUGAGGGUGUUGAAGAGAGUGCACGGACCUCUUUGCUUCUUAUGCUAUCUUGGUGCCCUUGGUUGGUUCUUCAUGCUAGGAAACAAGGAGUUUAAUAACGAGACAUACUUCUCGGAAAAUGCUCUGUUGCCUGGCUUAGUGACAAAUGAAUUCAAUAGUGAACAUACUGCAAAACAGUUCUUUAACGAACUUAUGCAGGAGCUUGGGGAUAAAUAUGAAGAUGCUGAAGAGAUUCCAGUGCCUUGGCUGGUCGGUAAGAUGUCACAGCUGCAUCUCGAAGUGUACACACAUAACUUUACUCUUAACUAUCCCUUGGGACAGGGCCAAGUUUACAAAGGCACCAACGUGUACGGUAUACUGCGGGCCCCCCGCACGUCAUCCCUGGAGGCUCUCGUUGUAACUGCACCGUUCCGGUCCAUGGACUCCCACCAGAAGGGGACCGCGGCUGGCAUAGCUCUCAUGUUAGCCUUCGCUAAGUUUGCAAGACCACAAAAAUAUUGGGCGAAAGACAUAAUAUUUCUAAUCACUGAACACGAGCAACUAGGAAUGCAGGCGUGGUUGGAGGCUUACCACGGCUUGCAUAACGACGCAGAAACAUUUCACACUAGUCUUGGCAGUUUCUGGAAGCCUGGUACUCCCAGUUUGGAUCUAAGGAAGUUUAUGCCUGGCUUUGAAUGGGUUGGCGGGGACUAUAAGAAGUGUUUGGAUCCUGGGACAUUGAAAGGACGCUCGGGGUCGAUUCAGGCAGCUAUUAAUUUGGAGUUCCAUACGCCUAAAAUAAAAUACAUAGAAGUGAAAAUAGAAGGUCUAAACGGGCAGCUGCCGAACUUAGAUCUCGUUAAUCUAGUCCACAAGUUAUGUGUCAAGUCAGGGAUACACCAUUCUUUUAGAAACAGUUAUUCGUGGAUCCGUGGCCGCAACAAAAUGGAUGAGUGGAUGAACGGUUUCUGGACCAUGUUUGAGAUGGUCAUAGCUCAGAUUGACGGCGUCCCAGACGGCAACCACGGUCUGUUCCACCGCUUCGGUAUAGAAGCCGUGACCCUGGAGGGUCGCGGGCCGGCGGACUCCGCGGGCGCGGCCCCUCGCGCCCACUCGCUCUCCACCGCCAACUUCUACAGGCUCGGGGUCGCGCUGGAAGCUAUACUCCGCUCACUCAACAAUCUGCUGGAGAGGUUCCAUCAGAGCUACUUCUUUUAUUUGCUGGCGGCUACGAAUAGGUUUAUUUCUAUUGGCCAGUACAUGCCAUCGCUAUGCCUCCUAUGCGUGGCCAUGCUUAUCCGUGCGCUAUCACUAUGGGUCUCCAUACAACAAGAUGGCGACGAAGAAACAGACAAGCAGACAAACAAACAAGACACGAAAACAAAAUCACCGAAAAAAGACAAAGAUUCUGAUUCGGAAAUACCAGGCGACGAGAAAGUUGAGAAAGUUAAACCUAAACAGAAGAAAGUAAAGGAUGAUUCUAGUAUGAGUGUUGUGAAUAUUGGCACCAAUUACUUGUCGGUACAUUUGAUUGGAUACGCCGUUAUGAAUUCACCGAUCAUUUUGAGUCAGAUUGGUGCCAAAUUCAACAAACCAUCUGAAGUGUCAGUAUACUACGGUUUAAUCGGAGUAUCAAUAAUACUGACAAUCAUAACUCCAUUCCUACCCCGCGUACUACGCAAGGGUCGCAUAACUUACGAGGAGUUAUCUCUAGUCAACAUACUACUGUUAAUAGAGCUCUCAACAGUGUGUCUGAGUGUGGGCAUGCAGAACUUCCCCUUAGGCCUGACUAUAGCGGUCGUGUACACGCCUUUAGCGCUCAUGUGCAGCGUGGUCGUGUAUGGAGGCGGAAAGGGACGAGCCACGUACCUGUUCCUGCGGCGGCUGGUGUGCCUGCUGGUGCAGCCGCUGCUGGCGGUGUCGCUCGCCAUGAUCGCCUUCAGCCGCGUGCUGUUCCCCGAGGAGGGCUUCCUGGACAUGAUCAGUCGAGGGUCUGAUGCCGCCAUGCAGGCCACCAUGUUCUCUAUAGUGGAUUCUAUGAUAUACGGCAACUGGUUAUUCAACCUCACAACAGCUGUGAUACUGCCAAUAUGGAUACUAUUUUGGCAGAUUCUCAAUAUAAAAGUAGAAAUGCCUUAGAACAAACCAAAUAUACUCUCGUAUGUAUCAACGAUGCAUAGCUAAAUGUCGCACUUAACUGUCACGUUGUUUUUGUAACUCAAUGGUAAUUGAGAAAUAGUAAUUAUUAGAUUAAACAAAAAUACCCCCGUUUUUAAAUGUCAUUCCAUUCAAAUUUUAUCAAAAUCGGUCUAGCCGUUUUUAUAGUUGGAAAUUGCAUUAUUAUCGGGUUUGGAGCUACCCUGAAACCUUCAGCCUGCUAGCUUUUCGGGAAGUGCCUCAAAAUUGAGUUGCAGAAUCGAAUCGAAACGACAAACAAACAAGCAAGAAAAGUGAGUGAAACGUGGGAAAAUAGAUAUUUUAAAACGUGACUUGGCUAAGUAUCGUUCGUACAUACGGCCGAUAGACUGUGUAAAUCGAGUCGGAGUACAAACAAAUUUAGUAUUAAUAAAUAAUGUUAAACUUAAUAUA